AUGGCGCCGAAAGUGGAACAGGGAGGACAAGAAUCAGGACAGAAGCGCAAAGGAAACUCGACAGAUGGCGGAGGCUGGCGCAACAAACGACAGAAGACGCAGCGCGACGCUCGUACGCUGGCGGUGCAGACAAGCUCCAAGGCCUUCAAGAAUGGAGAGCUCGACGUAGGAGCCUUCGUCAAGGCCCGCGAGUAUGAGAUUCGAGCACUCGAGGAAGGCAUGGCUCGGGCCAGAAAAGGCCUUACACAGCGAGCUUUCCAACAAGUGCCCAAAGACUUGAGACGCAGGACGGCCAGUCACAAUGCUAAGAGAGUACCUAAGAGACUGCGCCGUCAGGCCGUGCGAGAGAUGGCCGAAGACAACACACCGACCGUAACGUCGCGCCGACGCAAACCGAGUGGCCAUAUGCGUCUUCGCAUCGACACUGUCGCCCGUCUACGAACCCUCGGCCGCAAGAACAAGCUGUCGCCUGACCAGGGAGUUGUUGCCAGGUCGCCCCAGCCCAAGAAGAACAAGCUCGCCUCUCCUCCUGUGCCCAAGGCAAAGUAUCGCAAACGUCAGAUCCACAAGACCUGGCUGCCCACACACAUGUUUCAUGCGAAACGAGCCCACAUGACUCCGCCAUCGCAACCUCUCUGGCGCUUUGCAUUGCCCUUGACAUCAACUGUCAAAAGCUAUCGUCCCACCCAUCGUGCGAGUAAAGACCGUGGUGCUAUUGCUUGGGACACAAGCUACAUGUCUACAGUCUCCAUACACGGUAAUCACCAGAGUAUAGAGUCUCUGUGUCGUGCUUUGGGUGUCGGCCUGUCAGACGCUGCCUGGACCCCACGAGGCCAGAGGUGGAGACAAGGCUCUCGUACAUGGCAAGGUUGGCUGUAUGAGCGUGACAUGUAUCCUACUCACCCCAUAGCUCCUGCCACAAUUGUCUGGCGAGCAGAACCAGAAUCUCCUGCAAAGCAGUCUCGUCAGAUCUUGAUUCGUGUUCAUCCAUCAGCUUUCCCUCAGCUUUGGGAUGAGCUCACCAGACUGGUCAAGAUUCAGAAGCCUCAACUGACUGUUGAAGAUUUGCGUUUCGAGAUCGGAAGCAUUGAGAUUGCUGGUCCUGCUUCGACCGAAGCCUUAACGGGUGCUCUUUGUCCUGUGAACAUUAGCCAAGGUGACAAGUCAUCCGCUGAGAAAAGUUGGCCAAUGUUAGCAGGCGUACAAACUCCAUCGGUUUUGCCUGCGAAUGCUCUCCUCGCUUUCGAUAUAUCUGAUCCGCGCCUACAUCACCCACCCCGGACUACAUCUUCAGCUACUGACACACAGCAAUCCCAAGAUCAUUUGCUUGAAUUGCUAACAAACUGGCCUUUUGACACUUCACAAACACCGCCAGGCAUUUUCGACCGUUCAAGAAGACAAGCAUGUUGCCGCGCAUUGCAGAGCCAGAAAAACAUCAACCGCCGCAAAUCCGCUGCCACGCCAGGUACCUAUCCUGAGGCUCUGCCUCAAGACCCUCGCAUCCCCAUCAUGGCAUUCCCGUCCUCGGCCCUUCCAAGGUCGAAGCUGGGAAGUAAAGAACGUACUUCUUGUUCGUGGGUUGUUCUUUUGCCAUGGAAAACAGUCCCUGCAGUUUGGCAAAGUCUGAUGUAUUAUCCUAUAUCUACCGGCGGACAGGUGAAAAUGGGAGGUCUGGAGGAGCAACGCCAGAUUGCCUUUGAGACUGGCGUGCCUUGGUUCCCUGGUGAUUUCCCAGGCACCAAGGCGGGUGAUCUAUGGGAGGCUUCAGUGAGCGCCAAAAGAAAAGCGCAAUGGGAAGCGAAACCCAAAGGCAAGAGAGUCGAAUGGGACAGCGUCACCUUCGGUCCUGGCAGAAAAGGUGAAGAUGGUAACGGCUGGGCAUGCGAUUGGGUCUACUGCUCUGAAAACACGACAGAUGAGAAAAACGAUGCUGAGUCAAAGGUUCAUCACAUCGCUCCAGGUCUCGCGCGGAAUGUAAUUGCUGGUCAGGCUACUUCCAUCGAACGUCAAUUGCACGCUAUCUCUACCGUCCGCAUCACUCUGCUCGGUCGUGGGACCCCUGAGCCUUGCGCACGAAUCUACCGCUUGCCGUCCGUGGACGGGACAGACAAGCCUUCAUUGCGCGAUCAGUGGCUCGCGCUUGAUCCGGCUCGAACAAGGUCUUGCACCCAGAAAAAGAAGCGCGAGCGAAACCUGCCGUCGUCUGUGUUGAAGCCGACUUCCUCAGCCGAUUCCGAUGACCACCAUGACUGCUGCCCACCACUUCCAGGCAAAGAAGACCUCAUCGGCUAUGUCACAAAAGGUGAGUUUAGUCUGACUGAAGGCAGAGGUGUCGCUAUCGGUAGUAUCUUCGUCCAAGCUUUCGCUGAGACUGUCAAUGCCAUUGAUAAGGAACCAUACAUUUGCAUUGUCAGAAACGCUGGAGAAACAGUGGGCAGACUAGGGAGGUUGGAAUUCGUGUAA